AUGCGGUUCGUUGCGUUGCUUGUUACUUCCCUGUUGGCAGCUGUUGAGGUGUACGGUUCGUUUCAAGUGUACCAAAAAGCGGCACGAGAAUGCGUUUCAGCACUUCGAAUACCCAAAGCCCGUCUAGCUUCGUACCACCGGUUCAGCUUCCCGCCGGAUCGUGAAACGACGGGAUUCGUUCGGUGCGUAACGCUGGUUCUGAACCUGUGGGAAGACUGCACCGGUAUCAACUGGCACACAAUCGGCUCCAGCGUUGACGAGCCGACAAGCAGAGAGGUCUGCCACUGUAUCGCCAGCCAAAUUGCCAUCAUCGACCCGUCGGAUGUCUGCGCCCAGGCGUACUACUCGCUGCGAUGCUUCCGCCGUAACGUCCCAACCAUUCUAAGCGAUGCCGUUGUGUCCGCAGACUACAGCAUCGAACCGUCAACACCAAACACCACAACCCCAGUCAACCCCUUCGUCCCGCUAACCGCCGUCCAGAUCGCCAAAGUGUUCACGACCUGCCUGGCCGAGUGCGGCGCCGACGCGUUCAAGUUUUGCUCCCGUGACGACCCGUUCCCAAACACCCCGGAGAUCCGCUGUGCGCUCUACUGCACGCUUGUCCGCACCGGCGUCUUCUCCGACCAGGGCGAAGCCCUGCUGGACAACCUGUACGCCCAGCUGGCCCGCUGCGAAACGCCCGAUUCCUUCCGGUUCCGGAUGGAACUGUGCUUCCAGCGCAGGGAACAACCCCCCGGAACGUGCCCCCAUGAGGUCAUCUAUCGACAGUAUCUGCCCUGCCUGCUGCCCGAGUACUUGCGGUUCCUGGCGAGUCACCGCGCCGAGUUGGAACCCCAGUACGGGAGCCUCUGCGUUCGUGAUUAAACAUCCCCGAAAAUAAAUAUCUGUAAAAUUGAUGCAAAACAGUGGCAGGUCCAUUCAUCACGUCACGUCUGCGACCUCCCUCGUUUAUAUCACCUGUCAUUAUGGAGCUGUUUUUCGCCCAACACGUGACUAACUUCGUAAGAAAAUGCAUUUCCCCUUUAUUUCGGAAACUGCACCGUCACAGACAACUGGACGGCGCGGGCGUCUUUCUUGUUAGCUGCUCGUCUGACUUCCGGAAGGGUGGCACCGGCAGCAGCGUACAAUAGAUGAUUACUGCCAGGUGGCUGCAUCCUUCUCCUUCUCCUCGCCGGAAGAGGGAACGAUUUUUCAACCUGACGUUCCCGAAGAGGGGAACCAAUUUUUGAGCGUGACGUUUGUUUGUUUUGAAUGCACCUUGAAUAAUAAUUAAUUUUAACAUUGUUGAUAUUAUUUGAGGAGAUCGAAAACAAAAAAUAAUUUACUAAACCCUUUCGAAAUGUUAAUCCCGGAAGGUGCAGCUACUCAAUAUAUCAUUAGCGAAAGGUUCAAUUGAACUGGGACGAUGACGGUCAUCGGUGU